AUGGCUGUAUAUCAAUGGAGAGACCGGCGCGCGAGACGGCAAGUGAAAGAGGAGGAGUUGCCCUCCGGGUUGCCGCCGCAGAGCGGUGUGACGUUCAACGUAUGGUACAACAAGUGGUCCCAUGGGGACUCGUCUCGAGGCUCGCAGCGGUUUGUGAGCCCCUUCAGGCUGGACCCGGCGCGGGACAGUGGACGCACGCGGUCUUCAGGGGAUGUUGACGCGCAGUUUUGCCUGUUCUUUGCUCGAGGGUGUUGCGUUUUGGGUCCGCAGUGCACGUACUUGCACCACAUACCGGAGGACGGUGCAGAGGGCCCCCGUAUGCCCGUGAGGGACUGCUUUGGCAGGGAGAAGUUUUCUCAGUACAGGGAUGACAUGGGUGGUGUUGGGUCCUUCAAUAACGCCAACCGUACUUUGUACAUUGGUGGGAUUGCCGGUGCACUGAACGAUAAACCGCUGAAACCGUUGCAGAUUGAAAGCCGGCUGCGAUACUUGUUCAAUAAGCUGGGAGCCCUAGACAGGAUCCGGUACGUGGAAGCCAAGAACUGUGCAUUCGUCACGUUUAAGAGCACUGCGAACGCGGAGUUUGCUAAGGAGGCUAUGACGAACCAGACACUGCUCGUUCCUACAGACAAAGAGUACCCACAGCGACUGGAGGGUUCCGGGCUGCUUGUCAAAUGGUCGCACGAGGACCCUGACCCAGAGGCCCGUGCUCGUGCUCAGAAACAGACGCACUCGAACUCGUUGCAACUGAUGAACCGUAUCUUGCAGGACCAUGCCCAGGGGAAUGACACAACGGCCACCAAAGUAAGACCCAGAGAUGCAGACGCAGACGGAGACACGGCAACGCACAAACGACAGAAGCUCGUCGAGUACAGCUCGUCGUCCGACGACUCUGACGGCGCCUGA